AUGCUAUCCAACCAGCAGGGAAAUGAGAACCUCAAUAAUGAAGAUGAUGAUGACCAAGUUUCAUUUCGGAAAUUUGCCACCCAUGAAGAGCUAGCCAAUUCCAAAUUUUGGAAAAACCUUCAACGAGCAAAAGAUACGCAGCUAGCCCAAUCCACAGCCGCAAUUAUCGAAGACAAGAAUACAACAUAUAUCUUUGCCGAAUCCGAAUUUCAAGAUUCCGAUGAUGACUCAGAUAAUGACAAUGAAGCAAAAACUCAAGGAUUACGUAAAUCUAGAGCUAUUAAACUCAUUGAAAUCAGUUUUGGACCCAGAAAGUCAUUCAACAGGACUGUCCCCCUUACUGGAUGUAUUACUAUGAGAAACGCCAGUCCAAGUAUUGGUCAGCUAAAAAUGAGGUCAUUAAAGUUGUCAAUUCCUCAGGAUAUAUAUGUCAAAGGAACGCUAUUUGCUCUCACGGCUUCAUUUGGUGCCGGUGCCACCGGAUUAUCAUUAUAUAGAAGCAAGAGUACUGGAAUUGUCUGUCGAGCCGAGACUGGAGGUAGAGUACAAAUCUUCAAGACUGAGACAUUUGCAUUUUUCCCUGAGGCAAGAAUGAGGCAUGUAGUCUAUCGGAAAGUGAAGAAGAAGGUUAUGAGUAGAAAUAGGACAAGGGUGUUUAGGAGGGGAAGAUGGAAGAAGAUGCAGACUAGUUUGAGGUAUAAUAAUUUAGGAGUUAUUUUCCUUGAUUUGAGUAGUGGUGAGAGACCAUAUUGUGAAUCCAGAAAUGAGGAAUUGAGGUGUGGACUGAAUAUGUCACCCAGGCAGAUAUUUGAAGAUAUUGAGUUGCCAGGGGAUGAUAAGAAAAAGGUCGAGUUACCACAGGAAGGAGAAGACGAAAACAAUGACGUCCCCUCUCCUGAAGAGAAUGAAGAAUACGAUGAUAUUGAACCUCCGGAGGAGAAAGAAGGCGAUAACGAGAUUCCAAGGGGCGAAGAAGACGAUGGAGAUGGAGUACCAAUUGAAAUGGAAGAUGACAACAUAGACAUACCUGAGGAACCAGAAGAGUACAAGGAGGAUGAUUCUCCUAAACAUGAAGUAUUUAAGGAAGGGAAAAAAGGAUAUAAGCUCAUCUGGCAAUAG